CACAGCAGUGCAGCAGUGCGGCCGCACGGCGGGUACGGUGUUACCCCACUCCGUUCCCGCCUACCUCAGUGCACUCCCCGCCGUCACUCUCGUUUUCUGUUCUUCUCUCUCACGUGCAACCCUUUGGAAUCCUCUUUGCGUGAAGAAUAACCUAUUUUCUCAAGAGUUGCGAAUCGUUGCCGAGCACUUCACUUCCUGCUGCCGAGGCAACCUCUCGGCGGCGAUGGCGGGAGGGCGGGACUAUGGCUUCGAUUUCAUGAAGAGCAGCCACCACGAGCAACGAUUGCCAGGUGGAGGCUCGUCUUCAUCAUCGACGCCGUGGCUCGGGGGCAGCGGAGCUGUGGGCGCAACGGGAGCCUUUGCCCAUACCAAGGAACCGGAGAAGAAGUCAGAUGCUGAGCUGCAGGCGGAUGUGGUGGAUUUCCUCAAGAGGCGUUUGCAGCUGGGGAAAGGGCCGGCCACCAUCACGGAGAUCUCCGACGGGACCGACGUGGAUCUCCGAAAAGGUCGCGACGAACAUGUGCUCGAGAUGCUCAUGGCUAAUCCCAAGGUGGAGGCGUUGCACGACCAAGACCCUCUGCAGGAAACAGCCUUCACCUACAUGGCCAAGUACGCCGUCACGAACAAGAGCGAACUGCUCCAGUUGAUCAACAGAUGCAAGGGGGGUAUCUGUUGGGAAGAGCUGAAGGACACGUACAGUUCGGUGGAGGGGGAUAUGAAGGCCAUGCAGGAGGCUGGCAAGGUCAUCGCGGUCGUCAAUAAGGAGACUCACAAAAUGAACUUGUACCCGCGAGGGGACGUCUUCCUCACCGAGCUCCCCGGAUCGAUUCGGAUAAAGCCCGGGUCGGAGGUAGCCAUGACGACAGAGGACAUGAACCAGCACAUCCGGAGGGGGGAGGCGGUGCGCAUCUCGGGGCAGUGGUUCCGAGUGUCAUCCGAGACUGUGGGCAACCAAACCCUGCGCUCCGCGGCACCCUUAACUGUGACCAUGAACGCAGACCUUUCCGUGCGAAAAACGGACGUGUUUGCGGAGGACAUGGGCGCACCGGUAGAAGACGAGGGAUCAGCGACCAUCGGCCGGGUGCAGCAACAGUGGUCUGCCAAGGGCAAGGUUGAACCGCAGUACCCCCUCCCUCUGAACGGGGUUUAUGGGGGAGACACGGAGUUCGAAGGGCGGGCCGUGAGGCAUGGUUGCUGCAAGUCGCUCCGAGAACUGUGGCGGGAGACUCGCGCAAUGGUGCCCGGAGACCCAGCCGAGCUGCACCAGCUCAUGUUCAAGAAAAACCUCACGUCUAGCACGGACACGAGCGCCUUCAAGAAACCAAAGCGAAAGGUGGACGACGGCAGCGCGAAGCGGGAGCGACGGCGACUCAAGCGAUUGGCCAAGAGGCAAAAGACGGCCAGGACGUACAAAACGAUUACCAACACUCACCUGGAGGGAACGACGAUAGGCAAGCUGCUAGAGGGGGCCGGGACCAGCGGGGGGGACAGAGGGGGCUUGUAGCAUCGACUGACGGUAGCGCUGUCAGACUCGAACCGCAGAGUCACAGAAGCAACAUGUCGCUUGUUUGGCAUCAUUACGUCCUCUGUGAGACAUCCCUCGGAGACUCCCUCCCAAACGUUGAAGUUUCUGCUGUCGGGGUCAACAUGAGUUUGAUUGACUAUUUACUUGUCGAGCUGCCACCGCUCGUGAAAGCCAAUUGACGCAUGGCAGCAGUUUUGGUUCCCUUGUCAGCUUCUUGUCUCGUAAAUCGGAACAGUUUCGGUCCAUUUGUCAGCUUCCUGUCUCGCACAUGGCUACGGUGAGCGGGGGGCGGGGGGGAGCAAGUUGUGGCGUCGAUUUGUGCCAAAGUGUGGGACACGGUGUGGCGUUGGCGGCGUUGUUUGAAAUUGUUUUAGAGGACGUGAGUGGCGUCGGCUCACGAUAGACUCGAGCAUCGUUCCCGUGUGGUGAUUGUUUUCGGUCGUUGAUUUUUGCUCUUGUGUGUUGGGCGGCAGGCUCGAAGGUGCGUAGGUCUCAAUGACGAGAGCCAAUUGUACCAAAGACUCUUCUUGGUGUUAUCAAGCGGACUUACGGAGACCUGCUUGCAACAAAAUCAGGUCGUUUUUAUUCGAUCGACGUUCUCGAGAUUGCUUCGACAGAUUUUGGAUGUUUAACACGGAUGGGCGGAGUGGAGAGGCGAUGGCCGAGGGGGAAGGGCGAACAGUGAACAAACGGGACUUGUUUUCCGAUUCCCGCCAUGCACCCAAACACUUAUUCUCUUUCGAACGUCUCGAACAACAUCAGGGUGUCAU